CUAACCCCUUCCCCAAGUUCCAGUAGUCAUUGAGACUGAGAGUGUACUGUACUUAAGCAAGCAAAACACCACGCUCGCUCUUGCUUCGUUAAAUGGCGACUAGAAGAACUCCGCCGUUGUUGUCGAUAACCAAAUCCCUUUUCACCGCCGUAACCCUUUCAAGGAUCAGGCCUCGGAGAACCCCCUCCCACUCUUUGACUCUCACUCGCACCUUCCACUCCUCUAAAUCACUCCAUCGCCUCUACCACUUGACUGAUCCGAAGGACGAGGAAGACAUGACGCCAUUGGAAAAGUAUGGAAAUAACCUGACUCAACUUGCUAGGCUUGGCAAGCUUGAUCCUGUCAUCGGCCGAGACGAUGAAAUUCAACGUUGUAUCCAGAUACUGUCAAGGAGAACUAAAAACAAUCCACUUAUUAUCGGCGAACCUGGUGUAGGCAAAACUGCAAUUGUCCAAGGAUUAGCUCAAUGUAUUGUGCGUGAAGAUGUUCCAGGGCCAUUGAUAAAUCGGACGUUGAUCUCCCUCGAUAUGGGGUCAUUGCUUGCUGGUGCCAAGUUUCGUGGAGAUUUUGAAGAAAGAUUGAAAGCUGUCCUUAAACAAGUCACUGAGUCAUGUAGGCAAAAAAUAUUAUUUAUCGAUGAAAUUCAUACCGUUGUUGGUGCAGGGGCAACAAGUCGUGCAAUGGAUGCUGGGAACUUGUUGAAACCAAUGCUUGGAAGAGGUGAACUUCAAUGUAUUGGAGCAACUACAUUGAAUCAGUAUAAAAAAUAUAUUGAACCGGAUCCAAUACUUGAGCGAAGAUUUCAACAAGUGUUUUGCAGUCAACCAUCUGUUGAAGAAACAAUAUCCAUUCUUCGUGGGUUGCGUGAGCGCUAUGAGUUGCAUCAUGGAGUCAAAAUAUCGGAUAGUGCGCUUGUAUCAGCAGCAGUUCUAUCAGAUCGAUACAUCACAAAACGCUUCUUGCCAGACAAAGCUAUUGAUCUUGUCGAUGAAGCUGCUGCAAAGCUGAAGAUUGGGAUCACCUCUAAGCCUACUGAAAUAGAUGAGAUAGACAGAGCAGUCUUGAAAUUGGAGGAGGAAAAACUCUCUCUGAAAAAUGAUACUACUGACAAGGCAUCUAAAGAAAGAUUAAGUAAGCUUGAAAAUGAUUUGAGUUUACUUAAACAGAAGCAAAAAGAACUGACAGAUCUUUGGGACAAUGAAAAAGCGUUAAUGACUCGGAUAAGCUCACUCAAAGCAAAGAUUGGUUACCUGAAGCUACAAAGGGAAUCUGGUAAGCUGAUUUGGCCUAAUGAUUAUGAUCGUCCACCUUUCAUCUCCCCUGAGCGCCAAUUGGAAGAAGCUGAAAAGAAUCUAGCUGACUUACAAAAACCUCGACAAUCUUUACUUCGAAAAGAGGUCACUGACGUUGAUAUUACCAAUCUCUGCACCACUAUUCGUUUUGAUUCCCCCUACGUUUGAAUUGAUGAAACAUAAUGAAGCUGAACAAAACGGAAUGCAGCGAAUCAAAAUGAAAUUAGAAUCUUAUUUUAUUGUUAGAGUAUUUUAUGAUCGAAAUUUGGAUCUCCUCAUGUGUUAAUCUCACAUGACCAUGUGAAAGACCUAACCUUUAAUUAUUUCUUUAAUGAAAUCUGAUUGUCAGUAUUA